AUGGGGCUUUCCUCAUACAUACAGGCUGCUGGUACGACUGGUGUGCUGUUGGCUCAGUUUGCAAAGGCAUCAUUCAAUGUUUUGGAUCUUUCAAAGCAGCAGUGGACUCUUACAAGCCCAAAUUUCCCCAAUAUCUCCGUUCCUGGGAAGGUCCCAUCACACGCCCACGUCGACCUCUACGCGGCGAACAUUAUUAGUGAUCCUUUAAUCGGACUUAACGAUUUCAAUCUUCGCUGGGUUGGCUUUAGUAACUGGACAUAUACCAGUGAAAUCAAUGGACUGUACGAUCAGCAUACCGCGACCGAUACCCUGACCAGCUACCUCGUCUUCAACGGGCUUGACACCUACGCUGCCAUCGAAUUCUGCGGACAACAGAUUGCCAACGCUGACAACCAGUUUCGUCAGUGGGUUUUCAACAUCUCCGAUGUCCUGGCAUCCUGUCAAGACCAGCAACCUCAGCUUGCUGUCAGAUUUGGCGCUGCACCCAACAUCUCGGCAACGAUUGCGGCGGAACCCGGACAGGAGACAUGGCCAAACGGCAUUGAUGAGGUCUAUGAGAUUCCCAACAGACAAUUUAUCCGGAAGGAGCAAUCUGAUUUUGGAUGGGACUGGGGCCCAGCCUUUUCUCCUGCGGGCAUUUGGCAGCCUGCGUACCUAGUCCAGCUUGAUGGGCCGGAAUCUGUAUAUGUUAAAAACUCGGCGUUCGAUUUGUACCGACAUGGUCAGCUGAACAAUUUGCCACCAGAUCAGAUAGCAGACUGGGUUUUUAAUGCGAGCGUCGAUGUUGUCGGAAGCAUCCCUCCUGAAGCUUAUCUCAGAUACUCCAUUGUGGACUUGGACACACAAAAGCAGGUAAGUAGUGGAAAUCUUAGUAACAUUGUGAAUGGAGGGGACGUCAUCACCGGCAUUGCGACUCUCGAUGCUUCUGAAUACGAGCUCUGGUGGCCGAAUGGCCUUGGUGCGCAGAAGCUCUAUAGCAUGAACGUCGAAGUAAUCUCAAAUGAAAAGGCCAUUGCUGCCGUCAGCAAGCGAAUGGGCUUCAGGACUAUAGUUCUCAACAUGGAGCCUAUUAGCAACCUACAGCUUUCCCAGGGAAUCAUUAAUGGUAGCAAUUUUCACUUCGAAAUCAAUGGGCACACUUUCUAUGCUAAAGGCAGCAACUUUGUUCCUCCAGACCCUUUCUGGCCGCGUGUCACACCUGAACACAUCCAUGAGAUUCUCUCCGAUGUUGUCGAUGCUAAUCAGAAUAUGCUACGCGUCUGGUCCAGCGGUGCUUACUCACCUGACUUCAUGUACGAUCUUGCUGAUGAGAUGGGAAUUUUGCUCUGGUGCGAAUUCGAAUUCAGCGUUUCUUUGUACCCAGUUGCACCAGCUUUUCUUGAGAAUGUCCGCCAGGAGGCUGUCUAUCAAGUGCGGCGCGCCAACCAUCAUCCGUCUUUGGCACUCUGGGCCGGUGGAAAUGAAAUGGAGAAGGAUGAGCUACCUGCUGUGAAAUCUCAAGCCCCGGCCCAGUACGAGCGCUACCUGAGCGAGUAUCUAGAGCUGUUCCUCAACACGUUGCUGCCUGCCGUCUAUGGUAACUCUCGGAGCAUCAGCUACAUGCCCUGCAGCACUAACAACGGCUACUUGGAACUCAACUUUAGUUUGCCGAUCCCCUUUGUUGAUCGCCUCUAUAAUACCACGCCUGGUUACUUGUACGGAGACAGCGACUUUUACGAUUAUAAUGCGGCUGAGGCAUGGGAUAUCAAUCAUUAUGUUGCCGGUCGAUUCGCCAACGAAUUCGGCUUCCAUUCUAUGCCCAGUAUCGAGACUUGGCGGGAGGCCAUUCCGGACGACCAACUGACCUUUAAUUCAACCAUGACUGUCUUGCGGAACCACCACUACCCACCAGGCAGCCUCACUACCACGAACACGGCUGACCCUCUCAGAGGCAUGGGCGAGAUGACACUAGGUGUUCAGCUGUGGUAUCCGCAUCCCAUGAAAACCGACCCCGUCGCCAACUUCUCUGCUUGGUGCCAUGCUACCCAGAUUUUCCAGGCCGAUUUUUAUCAUACCAAGAUUCAAUAUUAUCGUGCUGGCUCUGGCAUGCCUCAUCGACAGCUGGGUUCGUUGUAUUGGCAGCUCAACGAUAUCUGGCAAGCGCCGACAUGGUCAAGCAGGGAGUACGACGGCCGCUGGAAGGUCAAUUUUUAUGCGACAAAAGACAUAUUCCAACCUGUUAUCAUUGCCCCAGUCUUCAAUGUCACUACAGGUAUAUUGGAUAUAUACGCGGUUUCCGAUUUAUGGAGCGAUGUCUCGGGUGAGGCCAGCUGGGAAUGGAUUGGCUAUGAUGGCAAACCAGUUGGGUCGGCCAACUUAUCUGUCGAGCGGCAGAAGUUCACAGUCGGGCCAGUCAACUCAACAAUUUUGGCAAGCAUGAAUAUACCUCAGCUCACAGGCAACGGCAGUCUGCCAGCUGCUAAUGCCGUCUUGAUCGCCAACAUUACCGCCACCGGGACGCCUCCCAAUACACAGGGCACCAAAACUUACACCCAUUCCAAUUACUACACUGCUACACCUCUCAGUAAGGCUAAAUUGGUCGACCCAGAGUUGUCAAUCCGCCAAGAGGAGAAUAGCUUCACCGUCACUGCUGAGAAGGGCGUCAGUGCAUUUACGUGGAUCGCACUGGACCCGAGCGAUUCGAGCGCCAUCGUCACGUUUGAAGAUAAUGGUUUCUGGCUUCGGCAGGGCCAAAGUAAAACGGUUGGAUAUAGUGUUCGUGGAUCAAGCCCUGGCUGGGAGGGCCGUGUUACAGUGAGCAGCAUCUGGAACAAUACCCUACCUUCGUGA